AUGUCUCGUCAGUCCUGUGGCUUGGGAAAGGGGUUCAGCUCCAGCUCCGUUUGCUUCGGAGGGAGGAACAAGGUUGCGCUCGGCUCUGUGUCCCGAGGAGGAUGCAGGGGACCCGGCAACGCUGGUGGCUUCAGCAGCAGGAGCCUCUACUGCUUGGGAGGCAGUAAAAGCACCUCCGUGGGAGGGUUCGGCAGAGGUUUUGGGGUCGGUGGCUUCGGUGCUGGGGCAGGGUUUGGUGGUGGCUACGGUGGUGGGUUCGGCGGUGGCUUUGGCAGUGGUUUUGGUGGCUUUGGUGGAGGGUUUGAUGGCGGGUUGGGAGGUCAAGGCUUUCCCCCUUGCCCACCGGGUGGCAUCCGGGAAGUGACCAUCAACCAGAGCCUGCUGACCCCACUCCACCUGGAGAUUGACCCCGAGAUCCAGAAGGUGCGAACACAAGAGCGGGAGGAGAUGAAGCAGCUCAACGACAAAUUUGCUUCCUUCAUUGACAAGGUCCGAUUCCUAGAGCAGCAGAACCGAGUCCUGGAAACCAAGUGGAAACUCCUGCAGGAGCAGGGGGGCACAGGGACAGGGAGCAGGAACCUUGACCCCUUUUUUGAGACCUACAUCAGCGGGCUGAGGAAGCAGCUGGACUCCCUGGGCAGCGAAAAGGUGCAGCUGCAAGCAGAGCUGAAGAGCUUCCAGGACAUGGUGGAAGACUUCAAGACCAAGUAUGAGGAGGAAAUAAACAAAAGAACAGCUGCUGAGAACGACUUUGUGCUCCUGAAGAAGGAUGUGGACGGAGUCUACAUGACCAAGGUGGAGCUUCAGGCAAAAUUAGAUUCUCUGGCAGAUGAGAUCAACUUCCUGAGGUGCCUUUUCGAGGCGGAGCUGGCUCAGAUGCAGAAGACCGUUUCUGACACCUCUGUGGUUCUCUCCAUGGACAACAACCGAAACCUGGACCUGGACAGCAUCAUUGCAGAGGUCAAAGCCCAGUACGAGGAGAUCGCCAACAGGAGCCGGGUGGAGGCUGAGACUUGGUACCGAAACAAGUAUGAAGAGCUGCAGGCCACUGCAGGCAAGCAUGGGGACAGCCUCCGGGACACAAAGAUCGAGAUCUCUGAGCUCAACCGCAUGAUCCAGAGGAUACGGGCUGAGAUUGAGAAUGUGAAGAAGCAGUGUGAGACCCUGCAGAGCUCGAUCGCAGACGCUGAGCAGCGCGGGGAGCUGGCCCUCAAGGAUGCCAGGACCAAACUGACUGAGCUGGAGGAUGCUCGGCAGAAAGCCAAGACUGACCUGGCCCGGCAGCUCCGCGAGUACCAGGAGCUGAUGAACGUCAAGCUGGCCCUGGACAUCGAGAUCGCGACCUACAGGAAGCUGCUGGAGGGAGAGGAGUGCAGGAUGUCUGGAGAGUGUCAGAGCGCUGUGAGCAUCUCCGUGGUGGGAGGCGGCAACGGGCUGUGCCUGGGAGGAGGACUCGGGAGAGGCGGCUGCGGCACCGGCGGUGCCGGCUUCUGCUACAGCCUGGGAGGGGCUGGGUUUGGCUCUGGGGGGGGAUUCGGCUCUGUGGGUGGAGGGGCUAACUCCGGCACCAUUCUGAAGAAGACCACCAGCUCUACAUCUACCAGCCGGAGGUUCUAG